UACAAAAAGAUACAUUGAAACCCAUUUUAGGUUGAGACCCAAGAAUGGCUUGGUUCAGAAAUCUCUCCAAGUUCUCCACCAUUAAAGCAUCUCAAAGACCCAAAAUCACCGACCCAUUUUUCCUUUUACCAUCUUUUACUUUUCUCUCUCACUUCAGCUCCAACCCCAUUGAGGAGAAGCCUUGUAUUAAGCCUAAUGAGUAUUCAGGUUUGGAACCAACAAAGCCCCAUGAGAAACCACGGGUGGUGGUGUUGGGUUCAGGGUGGGCUGGUUGCAGGCUCAUGAAGGGCUUGGACCCAAAUAUCUAUGACAUUAUUUGUGUCUCACCUCGUAACCACAUGGUCUUCACCCCUUUAUUGGCUUCCACGUGUGUUGGAACUCUUGAGUUUAGAUCAGUUGCUGAACCCAUUGCAAGGAUCCAACCAGCUAUUUCUAGGGAACCCGGUUCUUAUUUUUUCCUUGCCAAUUGUACUAGCAUUGAUGCACAUAAUCAUAUGGUGCAUUGUGAGACUGUAACUGAAGGAGUACAGACAAUAGAUCCCUGGAAAUUUACUAUCUCAUAUGAUAAGCUUGUAAUUGCAUUAGGAUCACAGCCUUCCACUUUUGGAAUUCAAGGAGUCACAGAACAUGCCAUUUUCCUUCGUGAAGUUCAUCAUGCACAGGAAAUUCGUCGAAAGCUUCUCCUCAACUUGAUGCUUUCAGAUGUUCCAGGAAUUACAGCAGAGGAAAAACAAAGGCUUUUACAUUGUGUGGUUGUGGGAGGUGGUCCUACAGGAGUAGAAUUCAGUGGUGAACUUAGUGAUUUUAUCAUGAAAGAUGUUAGUCAAAGAUAUGUCCAUGUGAAGGAUUACAUCCAUGUUACUUUGAUUGAGGCAAAUGAGAUAUUGUCUUCCUUUGAUGACCGACUCAGGCGCUAUGCUACCAACCAAUUGAAAAAGUCAGGAGUUCGUCUUGUACGUGGCACUGUGAAAGAUGUUAAAGCUCAGAAGAUUAUACUUAAUGAUGGUACUGAAGUUCCAUAUGGGUUGUUGGUAUGGUCUACUGGUGUUGGUCCAUCACCUAUUAUUCAAUCUUUGGAUCUCCCUAAAGCUCCCGGUGGAAGGAUUGGGGUGGAUGAGUGGCUUCGUGUUCCUACAGUACAAGAUGUGUUCUCAAUAGGUGACUGCAGUGGCUUUGUUGAAAGUACUGGAAGACCAACACUUCCAGCAUUGGCCCAAGUGGCAGAGAGGCAAGGUAAAUACUUAGCAAGUCUAUUAAACAAAAUUGGUAAAGCAGGAGCAGGCCAUGCAAACAGUGAAAAAGAAAUAGAAUUUGGGGAUCCGUUUGUUUACCAGCACCUUGGAAGCAUGGCAACUAUUGGAAGAUACAAGGCCCUUGUUGACCUUAGACAAAGCAAGGAAUCAAAAGGGUUAGCUCUGGCUGGAUUUCUGAGUUUUUUUAUUUGGCGCUCAGCAUAUAUUACACGUGUCAUCAGCUGGAGGAACAGAUUCUAUGUACUUGUCAACUGGAUUACAACUCUUGUAUUUGGCCGUGAUAUAAGCAGAAUAUGAAAAUCUGAAGAUUGUUUUUAGGAGCCAGUAAUUCUCAAGAGAUGAAUUUCAGUUUACUGGAGAAGUGAACAGCAAGGAUUUGUACUAGUUCAUGACGUUUGCAGCAUGUUCCAUAUGGUAAAAACAGUGGCAAAUGAAAGUGGUUAUUGAGGAACAGGCUUGAAGGAGAAGACAAUGAAACUUAGUCUUGAAACCAAUGCAGAUUACUUUGUCCACACAUUUUUCUCUCGUAGCCUCUCAUCAAUCAGAAAUGUGGUCAUCCUAAGUCUUCUUGUACAUAUUAAAAACCAAGAAAUUGAUUUUCAUGUUUAUCAUUUAUUUAUGAAAUGUAUGUUCACAAUAAUAUCAAUUUAGUUACCUAAAUGUGC